AUGCCGAAACCUCCCAGCGACUGGGUCACAGAGCAUGUUAGCUCAUACAACUUGAGAUGGGAUAGACUGCAAGAGUGGCUACUCAAGCACUUCGAGAACGACAAUGUCAGCGCCAUGGGUAGAGGCUUCAGUGAGAAACAGCAUCUCAAUGACACCUACUUUUUCUAUGCACCGCGUCGCCUCACAAAGCAAGACAAGGACGCCAUUGAUAAAAUUAGAGACAGGAAUCCAGAUGAUAUCACGAGGCAGGAGCAGCGGGAGAUACACACUCCAGAUCCCGAAGAACAGAUAACAGAUGAAGAUUAA